CGAAGUCCCAAUGUCAAUGUCAAGCACCAUCAAAGUCUCGCAAAUUCUACCAAUUUUCGAGUAUGCAUAAAAGGGUGGAGACUUCAGAUUGGUUGGCGAUGGUGACACCACGAGAAGGUGAUGGAGGUCAUUGAACAGCACCCUGUGGAAAAACUGCGCGCUGCGCUCGUCUCCAGCCGGCGCGACCUGGUUAAGCGGUAUCAGCAGUACAGUGACGGAGAAAAGAAGGUUUUGGAGGACUGCCUUCGUCCGGACGGUGUUCUCUUUCAGCCCAUCACCAUCCACUCCGAUUCAGACUGGAUCCCUGAGCACCCGGAGGAAUCAGAGGACUUCCAGAGCUUCUUUAGCAACCCGUAUCGCAGCACCCCGUCCAAAGGUCACCAUACAAUUUACAUACAGACCAUUGGAUCCUUUGGUGAGGCUGCUGUGCACACAAACCUUUACGUGGAAUGGUUGCGGCAGUAUUGUGAGGCAUUCUACCACGGACUGGUUGUGAAGACACUGCCACCUGUCACAGUGCAGUCCACGGGAUGUACAUUUAGGGUUAACAGCUACAGCAACAACCUGCAGCUCUAUGCAGGUGAUUUGCUGAAGUUUCUGAAGAAGCGGAAACCUAAAGAUGCUUUCUGUAUAGUAGGCAUAACCAUGAUCGACCUCUACCCUGAAGAGUCCUGGAACUUUGUCUUUGGACAGGCUUCCCUCACCAAAGGAAUGGGAGUUUUCAGUUUUGCCAGAUAUGAUGAUAACUUCUAUCACCAUGAUUAUGCUGGGCAACUGAAGACAGGCAGCAAACCAAAGCCGGGAGACUACAGUGUUUUCAACAAUUACUAUAUUCCACCCAUCACCAGUACUCUGCUCCUUAGGUCCUGUCAGGUUGUGAGCCAUGAGGUCGGGCACAUGUUUGGCCUGCAGCACUGCCAGUGGCUCCACUGUGUCAUGCAGGGCUCCAACCACUUGGAGGAGUCAGAUCGCCAGCCUCUCACCCUCUGCCCCGUCUGCCUGCGCAAGCUCCAGUCCAGCAUCGGCUUCAAAAUAGCCGACAGGUACAAGGCCCUGCUGCAGUGGGUUCAUGAUGACGGCGGCAGCGCUGGUGUGCAGGCGGUCAAGCCAACAGAGGCUUUCCAGGAGUACAAGCAGUGGCUUCAGAGGUGUCUGGCCGUGAUGGAAGAGUAAACCAAAAAUAUACAGUCGGGGACUGCUUCCUGUCUGGUUGGUGCGCCCAAUAAGGUCCUCGAAAACUUUGCACAAAUGUGAAUGUGGCUUGUAUGACAGACCUUUAUUUUGUUCUGUAUGAAGUGAGAAUGUAAUGUACAGUUUUGAUGAGUAACUAAGACAAAGAAUUAAGACAAAGAAUGAUCAUAUCAAUGGUAAGACAAGGAAUGAUCAUAUUAUUUUUUUAUUCAUGGAAUAAAAUCUUAUAAAAAAUCA